CCGAGCAAGAAAGUCGUGUGAAAGAAAUAAGAAAUAAGGAAAAUUGGAAUAAACCAUCGGCUUUUGGCGCCCUCGUCGUGUUAACUAACUUAAUAUUUAUUUACCUUUUUUUCGACUGUUUCAAAACCCAGUGAGUGUUAUUUAGAUCCCUACUUUUGAGCCCAAAACGAAGAGGAAAGCAAAAACGGGACAAAACAAAAUCCCGCAGCGAGAGAGCGUGAAAAGUGCGUGUGCCAAGUUUGUUUUUAUUUUUAAAACGGCAACCGGCUAAAAGAAGCGUCGUCCCGCAAACACCCAAUAACAAUAAAUUAUACGGUCCGGCGGAACAUCAACAUCCAUAAUUCGGCGCUGCAAAGGGAGAGAGAGAGAGAGAAGGAGAGGACUUUCCCUAUUUCGCCCUUUGGAAAUCGCAAAACGCUGGAAAUCACUGAAAAUCGCUGCAAUUGCAGCUGACACCGCCAGAAUGCAUCUCUGAUCGCUCCACGAGGUAGAGAGAGGUGUAAACAGCAGAGGAAUCCAGCAGAAGUUCGGCGGAGAAGAGCUAGUGACAAAGAGAACAAAAGACUCCGCUCCCUAAACAUGGCUCGACUUGGUCCCAUUUCCACCCUGAUCCUCUGUUGUAUUCUGUGCAGCAGGAGUAUCAGCUGCAGCAGCAUCUCCAGCAGCGACAGCAACGCCGCUCCCGCCGACCUGGGCGUCUUUUUCGAGCGAGCCCCCGAAUCGGCGGUGGCGCCCAAGGGCGAUGAGGUGGUCUUUGAGUGCGAACUGAACCUCAAGCCGGAUCACCUGGAGUGGCGUUUCCGGCGCAGUGGCUCCACCGAGCCCUACCGCAUUCUCAGCCCCACGGCCGGCUACAAUGUGACCAGUGGAAGUGACGAUCGUGCCUGGCGACUGCGCAUCUAUGUGAGUGCCCAGACCGCUGGCGACUAUCAGUGCGUGGCUACCUAUGGACCCGGGAUCCUGGUAUCCACCUCAGCUCGACUGGCGCUCGUUUCCAUUACCUUAGAAGCAUCAAGUCACGGCUCGGGCCGUGGCUCCAUCCGUUGGAGUGUGGCGCCUAGGAACUGCAUACUCAUCCGAUGCGGCGCCGUCAUCUCGAAUCCGCCGGCCAUUUGGAGCUUUUACAAGAACGGCGAGAAGCUGCCGCAGUCGGAACUGCUGCCAGGAGCUUCGGGUGCCCUAAUCCUGGACUCGGUGACGGGCAAGGAUGCGGGUAACUACAGCUGUGCAGCCACCAAUGCCAUAACGGGCGAGGAGCUGAGGCUGCCGCAGGCCAUCGAACUGAGGGUGGACUACACGGAUCGCACGGCUCCCUUCUUCCUGCAGCGGCCGCCCUCAGAACUCUCUGCCCGUCCCGGCGAGACAGUGGUCCUGGAAUGCCCGGGCGUGGGCUCGCCACGACCCGAGGCGGUCUGGAGCAGUCCCAAUCUAACGCGGAUUCAUCACAACCGCAGCAAGACCCUUCCCUACGGCUUCCAGAUCAGCGAUGUGCGGCCCGAGGAUCAGGGUUCGUAUGUCUGCCUGCUGGACAAUGGCAUAGCACCGCCACAGGUGCACAUGAUCAAGCUGAGUGUCCUGGAGCGACCUAUUAUCCAAAUCGGUCCGGCUGCCACGCUCACAAACGAGACGAGCUCCCUGGAGCUGGACUGCCGGGCCACGGGCAAUCCCCAGCCGGAAAUUUACUGGCUGCUCAAUGGCCGAGAUGCCAACGCCGAUCCGGAGGCUAGAGUGUAUGAACAGGGCAGGCUGCGGCUGGAGCGGGUGCAGAAGCGGCAUGCCGGUGUGGUGCAGUGCUUUGCUAGGAAUAGCUUGGGAGAGACUAGCGAGGCCAACAUGCUGCGUGUGAAUCCCCUGGACAUAAGCGGCGAGGAGGAGCCAAUCCUGGGACCCUUUCCCAUACGCCAUGAGCAGUCGCCAGCCUCGACGCCUUCGGCAGGAACCAAGAAUAAAGGCGGCAGGCGUAGACGUCCAGUCAACAUGGUUCCGCCAUCCCGUCCGAACGUGACCCGGCUGUCAGACGAGGCCGUGAUGCUGCGCUGGAGCGUGCCGCAGAACCUCGGCCUCCCGAUCAUCUUCUUCAAGGUGCAGUACCGCAACCUCGGCGACGGCAAGUCCCGCCGCGAGGGCUGGCAGACGACCAGCGAUAAUAUACCCUACGGCAACAGCCACGGCUGGCGGCAGCGCGGACGAGAGCGGAACCGGGAUCGCCAGCGGGAGAGAGAGCGAGAUCGUGACCAGCACGAAAUGGGCAAUGCGCCCAAGAACUUCACCUCGUCGGUGACUGGACUGGUGCCCGGCAAGUACUACCGCUUCCGGCUGGUGGCGGUCUACUCGAACGACGACAACAAGGAGGGCAACGCCUCGCUCAAGUUCCUGCUGCUGGCGGCGGGCAAUGCCAAGUCGAAUCUCCCCAUUCCCGAGCUGCACGAGGUGGAGCCCGUCUCGGAGACGGCCGUCCAGCUGCACUGGACCCUAUCAGCUUCUGCAGUGACCAGUGGUCAGGAUAUUGAUGGCUACUAUGCCUACUACAGGCCCGCAGCAUCGGCGGCAGAGUACCUCAAGUCCACCGUGGACGGUGGACCCAGCAGAAGCUUCCGGAUCGACCAGCUGCAUCCGGGCACCACAUACGAGUUCAAGCUGCAGUCCUUUAAUGCCGACGCCGCCUCCGAGUUCAGUGCCAUCAGGCAGGUGCGCACCAAGCAGUUCCAUGAUCCUACGACGCCCAAGUCUCAUGUGCCCGCCAAUAACACGGCAGCGGGUGGCCAGCAGCAGAACUCCAUUUACCCGGUAAUUCUGGGAGCCUCUGGCGGAGCACUCCUGCUGCUCAUAGCCGUGGUGUGGGCCUGCCUGUGCCUUAAGCGAAGGGACAACUCCCAGCCUGAAGACGAGAACAAGCCGCAAUUGGAGCACAUUCAAGCGGACUUUGUGACCUCCGCCGUGCUGGGCGUGGGCGGGCAUCACAAGAGCGGCGAUGUGCGUCGCCUCAACGGAGUGAUUCCCCGCAUGAACAUCACGCCCAAUCCGCUGGCCGGCCAGGAGGCGACCUCCGAUAAGAACCGCAACGUGAUGGAGCUGCGUUUCCUCCCGCCGCUGGCGAACGGCAACUGCAAUGGGCUUCCUAGGCAGGAACAGGAGCAACAACAGCAGGAACAGGCCGCUAAGAUGGAUGAGGAGGAGGAGCAGCAGCAGCAGCAGCACGAGGAGGAGGCGGAGCACGAGGUGUCCGAGCAAGAGGAUGACGAUUGCCCCGGGCCGGCGGCCGCCUCAUCCUCCUGUGAAACCCUCGAGGCCUGCGACGAGGGCCUCAAGCUGGCCCUUCAUCUGAGCCCCAAACUGCAGGCGGAUCCGAUCGUCCAGCUGGAGGCGCCCAGCAAGCCAUUACCGCCGCUGCCGCUGCCCAAAAAACCAGCUUCCAAUGCUGGCCAAAGCCAUGUCCCGCAUCAGAACGGCCUGCAUCAUGCCCAGCCCUACCAUCCACCGGCCACGCCCACGCUGCUGCACAAGCGCCUGGACUACCAUCACCAGCAGCAGCAGCUCCAGCACCAGCAGCCGCCACCGGUGCCGCCGCACUCCGCUUACUACCAGCAGGCGGCACCACCUGCCCAUGUCCAUGGCCACCAGCCAUCGCCCAUGCUGGAGCGGAGUGUAAGGAGCCUCCAGCAGCAGCAGCAUCCCGGCUACCAUUUGGAGGAGGCGGCGGGCACGCCCACGCCCUCGCGGAUACCUUCCCUGCGAAGGCAGCGUCGCACCUCAGGCAGCCAGCACAACAGCCACAGCAAUCUCAAUCUGAGCCACCACAACAAUAACAACAACAACCUGCCGCCACACCACCAGCACCUGCACCUACACCAGCAGCUGCACCACCAGCAGCAGCAGCAGCAUCCCGGCCACGUGGGCAUACCCAUAGUGCCGGGCAGUCCGCGGGUUCAGCGCUCGCCGAUGCCCAGUCGGGCGAUGAUCAAGCGGACGCGCCUGGGCAGCCACACGGACAACAUCUCCUCGGGCAGCCUCAACAGCAUCGAGGUGUGAGGAGAGCCAGAGCUGGAACAGGAACUGGAACUGCAGCUGGAGCUGGAGCUCCAACUAGGCUUAAGACGACGUGUAUUAUUAGGGAUAUUCGUAGGACAGGCUGGGGAUGAGCUUAACUCGCACUCGAAGUAACCGGAAACCCACUCCCAGCUCAGCUAAAGAGGUUUAGGAAUUUAUUUGUUAACAUCUGAGAGUAGAUUUUAAGUAAAAACAGCCAAAAAUUUUCAAUUGAAGUGAAGUGAGCAGAGAAAAGACGAAGAAUUCACCCGGCAACAGCUUGAUCCCGGCCUGAUAGUCAGUAGCCUUAUUAUUUGGCAUCCUUUCUAUUUUUUCUCUCUGUAAUGUAGACUAGCCUAAGUAGCUUUUAGUUAUUUAUUGCAGCAAAUGACUCGAAUUAGCCAAGUUAAGUUCGUAGGCUAAGCACGCACUCCUAGAAGGCCUAGACAGCGUAAAAACCUAGGCUAAAAUAGCUCGUAAGGCAACCGACUAUCUAAACAUUAACUCGCUGCGUAUUUCCUACGUAUUUGUGACUAACAUCACGCCCCACACUGUAUUCACCGCCUGCGCAGGACACGGAAGUCGCGGAAGCGCAUCCUAAACUAGGCUUAAGACCUUAGAAAGCGUAAUUUUCUAAUAAAAAUGGAAAAAUUUUAA